AUGGCGCACAGCAAAAGAAACACCUCCCGCCCCAUCUUCACCUCCCACGAGCGCGCCAUGGCCCGCGCAGCCUGGGGUACCUCCACGGCCCGCCUAACUCGCGACUCCUUCCUGCCCUUCGCCUCCUGCUGGCUCUGUCUCGAGCCCGCCGUCGACCCAGUCGCAUGUGCCACGCGCGGCGACUUGUUCUGUCGCGAAUGCGCGCUCAGUAAUAUUCUGGCGCAAAAAAAGGAGAUUAAGCGGGCUGACCGGGCGCGUGAGGCCGAGGCGAGAGAGGCGAGGGAGGAUGGGGAGAGAAGGGAUGCGGAGGCGCGGGAACGGGCGGUGAGGGAGUUUGAGUUGACGCAGGCUGGGUUGAGUAUUAACAGGGGGGGUCCUGAUACGGGGAGAAGGGAGAAAGAGAGGACGGAACCGGGGCGGGAUGAUAGUAAUAGGGAACGAAGUGGGAGUGGGAAUGGAAGCGGGAAUGGGGAUGGCACGGUGGAGGAUACGCCGAAAAUAGGAGACAAGCGGAAGUUCUCGCUGGAUCCGGAUGAGGUCGCGCGCAUUGCGGAAGAGGAGCGGUCCAAAGCGCGCCGAGCCAUUGACGACGAGAAGUCCUCCAAACCCACGCUCCCCUCCUUCUGGGCACCAACCGUCACGCCCUCCUCUAACACCAGCAACACCCUCCACGAAGUCAAGAAAAAGAUCAAGACCCAGCCUGUGUGUCCCGCCUCGGCCGAAGACAGCCCGCACCACUACUCUCUGCACACCCUGAUCACGGUCAACUUUUCCGAGGAGCAGCAGCCCGAUUCCUCCUCUACCACCAAGAAGCCCCAGAGGAUAUGUCCCGCCUGUCAAAAGGGCCUGACCAAUUCGUCGCGGGCAACACUAGCCAAGCCGUGUGGACAUGUGCUGUGCAAGAGCUGCGUGGAUCAAUUCAUGAGGUCGUCGGCGGGGGGCGAGACAAUACGUUGUUAUGUUUGUGAGGCGGAUUUAACGGCAAACGCAAAAGAGUCGGGGAAGAAGGACAAAGUCCAGCCGGGUUUGGUGGAACUGCGGCGCGAAGGCACGGGGUUCUCGGCGGGGGGGAGUAAUCAGGUCAAGAAGGAUGCCGUGAUGUUCCGGUGCUGA